ACUAAUUUAGACCAGCCAAAAUAAUUGUUUGACAGGGACACAGGACUUCAACCUCAGUUCAGAAAAUCCCUGACAUCUGACGUAGGAGGAUUUAUAGGUUUAGUGGAAAUUGCUUUCUCCUGCUCUCCAGAUUACAUACUGUGGGUUGAUUUUUUUUGCGUGAGUAAACAUCCUUCUAAUAAUGAACAGACCAAUAAUGUCCUAAGAGAGAAAAAGAACAUCCUUUUCCUCUUUGCUGUUUCCUGAGGGAACUGUUUGGAUUUGGAAACCCAUGUUGGCUGUCCAGAAUAUGAAAGUUGGCAUCUUCCUUUUGUGGUGGGGAUGGGUUUUGGCCGCUGAAAGCAGAGUGCACUGGAAACAAAGAGAAGUACCCGAGAUGUCUAAGAAAGGCAGCCCAAUUCUGAAACGAAGCCCUGACAUCACCAAAUCGCCUCUGACAAAGUCAGAGCAGCUUCUGAGGAUAGAUGACCAUGAUUUCAGCAUGAGGCCUGGCUUUGGAGGCCCGGCCAUUCCUGUGGGUGUGGACGUGCAGGUGGAGAGCUUGGACAGCAUCUCAGAGGUCGACAUGGACUUCACGAUGACCCUCUACCUGCGGCACUACUGGAAGGACGAGAGGCUGUCCUUCCCGAGCACCAACAACCUCAGCAUGACGUUUGACGGCCGGCUGGUGAAGAAGAUCUGGGUCCCCGAUAUGUUUUUCGUGCACUCCAAGCGCUCCUUCAUCCACGACACCACCACGGACAACGUCAUGCUGCGGGUCCAGCCCGACGGGAAGGUGCUCUACAGCCUCAGGGUUACAGUGACUGCAAUGUGCAACAUGGACUUCAGCCGAUUUCCCCUGGACACACAAACGUGCUCGCUUGAAAUCGAAAGCUAUGCCUACACAGAAGAUGAUCUCAUGCUGUACUGGAAAAAAGGCAACGACUCCUUAAAGACAGAUGAGCGGAUCUCUCUCUCCCAGUUCCUCAUUCAAGAGUUCCACACCACCACCAAACUGGCCUUCUACAGCAGCACAGGCUGGUACAACCGUCUGUACAUUAACUUCACGUUGCGUCGCCACAUCUUCUUUUUCUUGCUUCAAACUUACUUUCCUGCCACCCUGAUGGUCAUGCUGUCCUGGGUGUCCUUCUGGAUCGACCGCAGAGCUGUGCCGGCCAGGGUCCCCUUAGGAAUCACCACGGUGCUGACCAUGUCCACCAUCAUCACGGGCGUGAACGCCUCCAUGCCCCGCGUCUCCUACAUCAAGGCCGUGGACAUCUACCUCUGGGUCAGCUUCGUGUUCGUGUUCCUCUCGGUGCUGGAGUACGCAGCCGUCAACUACCUGACCACCGUGCAGGAGCGGAAGGAACGGAAGCUGCAGGAGAAGCUCCCCUGCACCUGUGGAUUACCUCAGCCGCGUGCUGUCAUGCUGGAUGGCAGCUACAGCGAUGGGGAGGUGAAUGACCUGGGCAACUGCAUGCCCGAGAAUGGAGAGAAGCCCGACAGGAUGAUGGUGCAGCUGACCCUGGCCGCGGAGAGGAGCGCCCCCCAGAGGAAAAGUCAGAGGAGCAGCUAUGUGAGCAUGAAGAUCGACACCCACGCCAUUGAUAAAUACUCCAGGAUAAUUUUUCCAGCGGCAUACAUUUUAUUCAAUUUAAUAUACUGGUCUAUUUUCUCAUAAAUGCGUGUAAUUCUAUAAAUUUCACAUUCUUCUGUAUGUACUACAGAAAUACCUGUAUGAUGAAAAAUAAUUUAAGGUUAUGAUAAGAAAGUUCCCAGUACCCACCUUUCUCCAGCUUUCCAAAAAUACAUUGACAAGACACUUACUGGUUUAAUUUGCACUUAUUAACCAUCUAUUGAAUUCGCAGCAUUAUACUCAGUGCUGAUAGUUGUUACUGGGUCCCCUGCAAAAGCACACUGCCAGUGUUGUGGUCGCACUGUAGUUCAACCUCUCUUAGACCCCAGAUGCUCAUUCACAUGAAUGAUGUCCUUUACGUGAACGUCAUUAUAUUCUCUGGACUAGGUGGAAUUCGGAAGCACCUAAAAUUCAUUUGCAUGGAAUAUAUAUGCACCUAAAUCUCCACUUUGACCAAAAGUCAUGCUUCAGUUUACAGCCUAUUACCUUUCUUUACGCAUUUUCUCAUGUUUAUUUGAACAUGAGGCAAUAAUAAUAUUCCUAUUUGUAUUUACAUCUUGUGGUUCAUGAGGUUUCAUCUUUUCACAAGAAAAGCUCCUUAGAUUGGUGUGAUGGCUUCUGAUUUUGGUGGGAAUUUCCCGGGUAGGGAAACUUUGAUGAGGGUGUAUGCAUGCAUUUUGUCAGUUUUGUCAGAGAGAUCACUAGCCUAGGAAACUUGUGUUUAAGUGUUUCCUAUGUCAUGAUCAUUGCUUCAUGCAUCUCCACCUUGGAGCACAUCCUAGUUCAAGCUGAAGUAAGUCCUUUCUCAGUAAUGUGAUAUCUUCACUGAGGAACUUGGGAAUAGACUGAUUUUUUUCUGCAUAAACAUUUCAAGAAAAUGCAUAAUUUGGGACUAGUUGUAACUCAUUAGGAGGAGAAAUGGUUUCUGAAGAAAAGAAGAACACAAAAACAAAAAGAAAUGGGAAGACAUUACUGGAAAUCUCCACUUAUACUCAGUGAAUACCAGCAUUUUCUAUGAGCCAGAAAACAAUGGCCACUGAUCUCAGGGCCUAGGAUCAAGGAGAGGGUUCUAAGUUGAUGUAUUAUUUAAAAACAAAUAGUUAUUCAUACUAUGUAUGUACAGGAUCAACCCUCACCAAAAUUAUCUAAAUCGUAUUUGUUUGAAACUUACUUUAAUGAAGUGAAUUCUAUUCACAAUGUCAUUUUCAUUCCAAAGUUGAUUUGAUCAUCCAUACUAAAUAAUAUCAUGAUAUUUCUUCAUAUGAGGGUUUUUGUAAUUUGAAAAAAAAACAUAUUUGCACAAAUCCUAAUUACAAGGCAAUCUCCCAUAUUCCCCGAUAAAAGUUCAUCAAAAGAAAGUUUUUGGGCAUUAAGUA